GAAACCCAUAAAUAAAAACAUAGUCAGUAGCACCAAAAAAAAAUUCAAUGGCUGUGUCAUCUUCAACUACAGCAGCAGCAAUUCACAUUUCGCGGCAUAAUUAUCCGAUUUCAACCACUAAAAGCAACAGUAUUUUCUUCUUAAAUUACAUUAGUUUUGCAGCAAAAAGAAGACAGUACAAUGGAAUUGUCACUAAAAGCAGCUCUAGCGACGGAUUUACAGAGACAACAGUAUCUAACAGUACAGAAGUGAAAGAAGACGAAUUUGAAGAAGAAACAUCCAUUGAAGCUCCAGAAGGAACUUCUUUGAUUACUGCUCUUAAUGUCGAGAGAGCUCUUCGUGGCGCACCAAUUACAGAUAAGGAUUAUUAUGGCAUACUCGGGAUAAAAAGAGAGUGUUCAACUGAGGAGAUUAGAGUUGCAUAUAAAAACAAGGUUGAAGAAUUGUUAAAUCAAGGACUAGAUGAACCACAAGUCAGGGACAAAAUGGAGCUUCUUAAAGAAUCCUACACAAUACUGUCAUCAGCAGACGAGAAGAGAAUGUAUGAUUGGAGUCUGGUAAGAAGUGAGAGACCAGACCGAUAUGCUUGGCCUUAUGAAAUUGAAAAAUUUGAAGUCUCCACAAAUACUCCUCCUCCGGUGCAGGAACCAGAAGAUGUGCAAACAACAAGAUUGGUGGGAUACUUUAUACUGGGAUGGUUACUUCUCUCCUUCGUAUUCUCCAUAGCCCUCAAUCGAUAAGCACAACUAUGAUCGAAAAUUUAGCAAAGUUCAACCCAUGCUUCUUCAAUUUUCUUGAAAUAAUUAGAUUAUGAUUAUGAUGGAACUUUAUGUAAUUAUGUUUAAAUAAAUCAAUAAACCUCAUUAGCAUUUAUAUAA